AUGCAGUCACCUCACUAUAGUCUUCACUCAGCCAAAGCCAAAAUGAAGCUGAGAGCAACACUUGUAACCUUGUUGCUCUGCCUUGUGAGCACUGCAUGGUCAGAAGGGGCCUUUGAGGAAGCGGGUGCAACCGGUCGUGGCCCCAGGAUCUUGGAGCAGAAAGCUGAUGGUGGAUGCAAGCAAGAAACCAACUGGCAAGUCUGUGCGGAUGAUGACUGGGGUCCCAAGUGUCCUUCAGGAUGCAGAAUUCAAGGCUUAUCUGACAAAACUGACAAAGAAUUUACCACCAGAAUUGAUGCAAUUAGGAACAAGUUAAAGGAUAGUGAAAGCAAUUAUAAAUCCAUUGACAUUAGAACCCAAGAAACAUAUAAACAAAUCAAGGAUAACCUAGUUGCUGCCCAGCAGACUGAUGGCUCCUACAACCAGGUGUCUGAUAACCUUAGGCAAAAAAUCGACAUUUUGAAAGUGAAGGUUUCUAGGCAGAUAGAAAGAAUCAAGUUGUUGCAGAGGAACAUCAGAGAUCAGGUGGUGGAAAUAAAACGCCUUGAGGUUGAUAUUGACAUUAAACUUCGUGCUUGCAAAGGAUCAUGUGCAAAGGGGGUUGACUUCCAUGUGGAUGUUGAUAGCUAUGAAAAUAUACAGAAACAACUCCUGCAAGCUGAAUCCACCGAUCUGAGACCAGACAUAAAUCCUCUUCCUAUCCUUAAGAUGAAACCUAUGAAAGACUCUUCAGUUGAUUCCAGAUACAAGACACUGGCUCAGGAAAAAGAAAAGUAUCCAAUUUUCUCAGACAUUAACCAAUAUUCCUUUGUACUAGAAGGGAAAUCUGAAAAGGUAUCUUGGCAGCCAGUGUCUACUACAGAUGUCACAAAUUUCCAGGGUGGUCAGAAACAGCCUUCUCAAACAACUGAAUUUGUUAUCUAUGGGGAUAAAACUGGGCAGCCUAGUAAAACAACAGAAAGCAGAGUUGUUUCAUGCACUAAAACCAUUCAAAAGAAAAUUACUAAGGGACCUUCUGGAAUCAAGGAAGAAGUUAGUGAGGUAAUAGGUGGUGGAGAAGAAUGUGAACAAUUACAACAGCUUAAAGCAGACGGAAAGGGUGAGUUAGGUGCUGAUGGCACAUAUACCAUCCGAGUCACAGGGGGCAGUAGUUCACAAGGUAUCAACCUUCCAAGCUGGGAAGACUUUGUUAGUGGCAAGACUAUAAGUACCAGUAGAACUCAAGGGUCUUCCAAUGUAGGAGAUGUUGACUUUGAUGAUUUUAGCCAUAUAGACCUUGGCUCACCCAGUUUUACACCUGGAAACACAAAGGGCACAUCUGGCUCAACCUAUACCAAGACAGUAUACAGCAGUAGCAGCACAAAGGAUGGAUACCAGUCAAGCAAACAAAUGAAGAGUGGGCCAGUAUUUGAAGAUCUUGGCCCGAUCCAGCAUGAUAACAGUGAGGAAGAUAUGCCUGAUUUUGGGGCCCGCAGUGUGCAAACAGGAGUGAAACAGACUGGAGAUUACACUGGGACAGACUGUGCUGAUAUCCUCCAGAAACACAGUUCUGGAGCCAAAAGUGGCAUUUUCAAAAUCAGGCCAGAAGGAUCCAAUAAAGAGCUGUCAGUGUUUUGCGACCAAGAAACCCAGUUAGGAGGAUGGGUCUUGAUUCAACAAAGGGAAGACGGAUCUGUGAAUUUUAACAGAACCUGGCAAGACUACAAGAAUGGAUUUGGAUCUGCGGAUGCAAAUGGGAAAGGAGAACUAUGGCUGGGAAAUGAAUACAUCUAUCUAUUGAGUCGAAAAGAGACAAUUUUGAGAAUUGAGUUAGAAGACUGGUCUGGAAAUCAGGUUUACGCAGAAUACAAUUUCCACCUAGGAUCUGAAUCGGAGGGAUAUGCUCUUAACGUCAAUGUUUAUGAAGGUUCUGCAGGAGAUGCCCUGAUAGAAGGCUCUAAAGAGGACAGUGAAUACACCUCUCAUGCCAAAAUGAAGUUUAGCACAUAUGAUAGGGACAGUGACAAGUGGGAGGAGAAUUGUGCAGAGAUGUAUGGAGGGGGGUGGUGGUAUAACAACUGCCAGGCAGCCAAUCUUAAUGGGGUUUACUAUAAUGGAGGUCAGUAUGAUCCUAGGAAUAAUGUCCCCUAUGAGAUAGAAAAUGGGAUAGUUUGGGUAUUGUUCAAACCAGCUGAUUACUCUCUGAAAACUGUGAAAAUGAAGAUUCGACCCGUUGAGACUGCAUAAAGUAUUUGUUUAUAUCCUACUGCACUCCCAUAAGCACCAUUGUAUUAUGUGUUUUUUUUUAUUAUUCCUGGCUUAAUGUAUAGCAACUGUACCUGAAAAGAAGACUAAAUAACCCACUUUCAUGAACUCUUUGUUGUGUUUUUUG